ACGGGAGGAAGGGAGGGAGAGCUCGUCUGUAUAUAAGGGCCACGGCGCAGCGGUAGGAAGUGUCAGUAUAGCUUGAGGUGUCGAUCUGUGUGGGUGUGUGUUCCGAGUGAGGCUGUGAGGCAAGGUUGGACCCUCCCUCCCUGAAGCAACCAUCCACUGCUGCUCCUGUUUAUAGUGAAGGUGUGUUCGUCUCGGCUUCCCUACCUGUGUGUUGCACCUGUAGUUACCUGGAUACACGCAGACAGGAGCUCCCACGUAUUGCUCCUGUUUUCCCUGCAGGGUCGUCUGUCUGUUUCUUCUUCAUCCGCCUGUCUCCACGCACACAUUGUCGGAGAUGGCGUCGGAGCCCACUAGCCCCUCCACCCCAACCACACCCUCCUCGCCCGCGGAUGACGCCGAGGCAACCAAGGAGUGGCUUGAGACCAUCUUGGAGGCCUACCACCGCUCCCUGGUACCUGACGAGGAGCCCGAUGUGGAGCUUGGGGAGUGGAGCGUCAAGCCUGCCACGGACGAGCGCGAGGGGUAUCUGUCCGAGCAGCUGUCCUUAGGCGUCACGUACACGGCGUCGGGGCGGCCCUUCCACGCGCACCUCCUGGCUAAGCUCCUGCCCACCGACCCCUUCAACCGAGCCUUCGUCAUCGAGUCCCGCUUCGACCUGCGUGAGAUCAAGUUUUAUGAGGAGAUCAAGCCGGCGGUGGAGGCGGUGGAGCGCAAAUACCUGACGGAGGAGGACUUGGACGCCAGCUGGACCCCCGACCUCUACUACGCCAAGCACAAGGAAGCCACGGAGUCGAUCCUGGUUCUGGAUGACAUGUGCCAGCAUGGAUACAAGGUGCCAGAGCUGACCGAGGGCAUGUCGCCGGCACAGACACGCUCUGCCCUUGUCAUGCUGGCAAACUUCCACGCCGCCACGGUGGCCCUGCAGCUGAAGGAGGGCAAGACACUGACGGAGGAGUUCCCUUACCUGCUCUCGAUGGACCAGGCGGUGGAGUCCUUCAACUGCCUGGUGGAGCGAGGACUGCCGCUGCUCCUCAAGUUCCUGGAGUCCCGCAAAGACCAGGCGGAGGUGAGGGAGGGCCUGACCCGCUACUCCGGCCCACGCGCUGCCCAGGUGCUGAGGGAGGUGCUGGCCCCCUCGGACAAGCUCAACACCCUCGUCCACUGUGACUUCUGGUGCAACAACCUGCUCUUCAAGGAGGACGACAGCAACACACGCUGCUGCAUCAUCGACUGGCAGAUGGUCAUGUUCAGCCGGCCGGCCAUUGACGUCGCCUUCCUCAUCACCACCUCCCUGUGUCCCGACGAGAGGCGGAAGCACGGCCGGGACCUGCUGUCAACCUACUGGGACUCCUUUAUGGCCAGGCUCUCCAAGUUCGGCAUCGAGGACAAGGCAAUCAAGUACACGAAGGAAGACCUCGAGGCGGACUACAAGUCGGCCCAGGCCAUGGCGGCGCUGGUGGUGGUCGGCAGCGUUGACAUUGCUCUCGGCACGCCAGCGAGGGAAGACCGAGCGCUGAACCUCCUCGCUGACCUCAUGAAGGAGGGGGUGUUAUGAGGUGUGUGUGUGAGCGUGCAUGUUUGUGUGUGUGUACAUGUCACAUUCCUGCUUGAGUGGAUGAUGUGUGUUUGCGUCUGUUUUGGGUUGCCAGCGAUGAUUCGAGCAAACUACAUAGGUAUACUCUGCUUAUUAUAAUCAUCAUCACCUCUGUUCCUCUCUGUGUCAGGUGUUGAUGGUCGCUGUGCCUCAUCUUUAGCCCCAGCCAUCUUUCUGUCCAUCAGUCAUCCAGAGAAGUGUUUCAUUUCCUCAGCAGACAAUUUUGAUUCUGUUCAGUAAUGCGCAGGGCACCGGGGUUGGUGUAUAAGAUGCAUAUAAAUAUACAAGACUUCAGCUUCAUGGUUCUGUUGAUGAUUUUCAGCCACUCAGCUUUUUUGUAUAUCUCUUGAUUCAUUUGCUUGUAACUUUUUGCUGUGAAAAGCUUGACUUAUUUAAAUGUCUUCUAUGAAUGCCCAUGAGCAGGACGGGGGAGAGGUGCCACAGCCCUUGUCAUGCUGUGCUGCGGGGACACUGUGUUCAGGCUCUGUGUGGCACUGUGGCACGGUAGAGGAAAUCAAAGCUAUGAUGCUAAAUGGCAGGGAAAAAUAUAUGAGAGAGAGAGAGUGAGAUUGAUUUAUUGAUUGAUUGAAAGGGAGAGUGUGUGGACAAGAACAAGCAGAACUUUGAUCCAAGCCGCCCACCCUGCGGAGGGAGCUUUGAGGCAGAAGUUCUAGACCAGACAGACAGACUAUCAUGCACAGCUUUUGAGAAGAAACACUUGAUCUUUUCUUUGCUUGCUAGAGAAGUGAGGAAAGGAGAGACUUGCUUAUAGACACAACGUUCCUUCUGGCCGUGUUUUGCUUGCCCCUUCCCCAUGUUUUGGAGCAGCACGUGACACUCAUCAUUGAUUUAAGACGUUGGUUUGUCUUUGUUAUGUAAAAGCUGACACACAACCAACAGGUAAGCGUUGCAAUGGCUGGACCACAAGCAACGUGAGCCAAAGAGAUCAUUUCUUGCACUAAUAUGAAUAACUGUAGGCUGAUGAUCACAAGAAAAACCGAAAAUUAAUUUUUCAUGAAGCAUUGUUGGUUACUUGUAAAUUUAAUACUUCCCCAAAUAUCUAUUUUUGUCUUUUGCCAGAGGAGGUGUUGGUCAGUCCUUGCUUGGUGUAACAAGUACUAGUGCACUCAUUUUGCCGUCAUCCCGUGCGUCACGGGGCUUGUAACAAGCGUCAGUACUGUAUUGCUUUCAGUGUUCAAGGUCAGUGCAUGACUUUAUAACUGUUAGAUGAAACUCAUUGAUUGUGAUUAUUUUCAUUGACUGUCAUCAUGAUUUAUGUUGUGUUGUCUCUUUACAUAAUACUUCUUGAUGUCUAAAUUUUAGAGGUCCCCAAACCAAACGGCAGUUAUUAUUUUCACAUAUAUAUAUGAAGUGUGUGUGUGUGUGUGUGUGUGUGUGUGUGUGUGUGUGUGCGUGUGCGUGUGUGUGUUCACCUUGUAAUAAGCUUAUAGGAGCGAGCCCAGGCUUCUUGUCCCAGGUCUGAGGGCCUUCUUUUUUUCACCCUUGUGGUACUCACCUCUUGGUGGUGCCAGACCACCACUUUGGGGGUGAACACAACCCCCGAAUGACACCCGCCCACUCACUGUUGGGUGGACCGGGCCACAAGUGUAAGGAGACUGCCCAUCCGCCUCCACCACGCCUGGGAAUCAAACCUGGAAUUUCUUGGUUGUGAGCCGAGCAUGCUAGCCACUGCAGAACAGAGCACUGGAUGUAUGUAUACGAGGGUGCGAGAGUGGACCGACAAGGCUUUACAUAUUACUGAUGCCUUUUUAUUGUAUAUGUAAUGAACUAAUCAUAACGGUUUUCAUAUAUGUAAGUUUUA